AUGGGCUACAAGCCAACAACAAGCACCACGCUCAUCAUUUUGGCCAAUAUUCUCAUCCCCAUCUCUCUAUUGGUCUUUGCCACUGGGUUCUUCCCCUACAAGCCAUACCUCCCCGGUCUCGCGGAAUAUGAAGCCCUUGAGUUGGGCCCGCCCCCUGCCGGCCCCUUUGACAAGCUUAUUUUUAUGGUUGUCGACGCCUUGAGGAGUUUGAUACGUGAUGGUGGCGCAGUCCCUUUUACGGCGAAUGCCAGGUCUCCUACCGUGACCAUGCCUAGGAUCAAAUCCAUCACUACUGGCUCCAUCCCGUCAUUUGUUGACCUCAUCCUCAAUAUUGAUGAAGGCGACACUUCUUCCAGCCUUGCUGUCCAAGACACUUGGUUAGCUCAGCUCAAGGCCAAGAACAUGGGAAAGCUGCUCAUGUACGGAGACGAUACUUGGCUAAAGCUUUUCCCUGAUACUUUUGACCGUGAGGAGGGAACAACGAGCUUCUUCGUCUCUGACUUCACAGAGGUCGACAACAAUGUUACCCGAAACAUUGCACCCGAACUGGAAAGGAGUGACUGGGGACUCAUGGUCCUCCACUAUCUCGGCCUCGACCACAUUGGACACAAAUCCGGCCCGAGGAGUGUCAACAUGGUCCCCAAGCAACAGGAAAUGGACAAUAUCGUCAAAAGCAUAUAUGAGAGUAUAGAGAAAAACCAUCACCUUCAGUCUACUCUGUUCGUCAUCUGUGGCGACCACGGGAUGAACGACGCUGGAAACCACGGUGCCUCAUCGCCGGGAGAGACAUCGCCAGCCCUCCUCUUCAUAUCGCCGAAGAUGAAGGCUCUGGGCCUUGAGUUCCAGGCCCCUAUUGAACCCGGUGAUGAAUUUGACUACUACUCUCAGGUCGAACAGUCAGACCUUGCACCGACUAUUGCCGCCCUCCUGGGGUUUCCCGUGCCCAAGAACAACCUGGGCGCCUUCAUCCCCGAGUUCCUCCCUUUCUGGGACGCCACACAUGACAGGGUCCAGAUACUCUUCCGUAAUGCCAGGCAGAUCCUUCAGAUUGUCACGGCCGCCUUUGGCUCUGACAUGUUUACCACUGGAGCAUCUACCACAGACCCUUGCGCUGCGGGGGGCACAGAUGUUGAUGAGCUGGCUUGCGAGUGGCGCAAAAUCAACCAGCAGGUAUCUUCAGUUGCCAAAGCUAAGAAUCUGGACAAGGACUGGCAGGCAUCCAUGUCUUCUUGGCUCCGCAACGCUCAGAAUUUGAUGAGCAGCAUGGCCUCCAAUUAUGAUGUUUCUAAACUCUUCCUCGGUCAGGGCUUGGCGAUUGUGGCUCUUGUCUUUAGUGUCGCUGGAGCGCUUUCUCAGGGUCAGCGGUCUCGUCAUUCGCUGAUUUCCCUGUUUGCCAUCGCCGUCCCCUAUGGUCUCAUGAUGUUUGCCAGCAGUUAUGUCGAGGAGGAGCAGCAUUUCUGGUACUGGUCAACGACGCUCUGGCUGGCUUACCUCGGGUCCAAGGUCGUGUACAAAACAAAGCGCCUUUCGUCCUUUAUCUGGCCGAUUUGGGCUCUCGCAGCUCUACGAAUCACGCGGGGAUGGAACCAGACGGGCCAGAAGUUCGCUGGCGAAUCCGACAUUGUCAAGAGAUUCCUGCUCCCACAGCCAGAGCACCUGUGGCUUCUCAUCGGGGCAACCUAUUGCCUUGUCUUCUCCCAGACUAUGCGUGCAUUUGACGGCAUCCCCCGUGUCUUGGCUGCCGGACUUACCUCCAUCCUGGUGACGUCGGCAUUUGCCUUUAAACUCGCCUUCACUGCCGAGGACGUCCCCGAGCUAGUCGCCGAUGGCUAUCAAAAAAUGCUUCUUGAUCUGCUCCAGGGGCCGUCUCUCCUUUUCAAAGCGCGCCUUGUUUUUGCUCUUCUCGCUAUCUGCGCUGCAUAUGGCGCCUAUCACAGCCUGACUGGUGGUCCUCGAGCCGCUCGAAUAUCUGCUCACCUCCUGCACCACCUCUACACCGUCCUCGCCAUGACGCAGUCGCGUGCCGCCAACAUCCCCCUCCUCCUCCUGUCGAACAUGCUUCUCCGCCUCUUGGAGAUGGCCACACCGUCUGUGACAGAGAUCACAAUCACUUCUGUCCUCUUGCAGUUUACCACCUUCUUCGCCUACGGCGGCUCCAACGCCAUUUCAUCCGUCGACCUGUCGAGCGCGUACAACGGCGUGGGCAGCUUCAGCGUUUUCACCGUCGGCAUCUUGACCCUUAUCAGCAACUGGGCUGCUCCCAUCUUCUGGACCUCGGGCGCCAACCUGCUCCUGUUGCAUCGCUACCGCCUGGGUAACCAACGCGUGUUUGCCCGCCACCUCGUCCUGCUCACCACUUUCACCGCCACGACCACCGCCUUCGUCAUGGCUGCCUGUACGGUCCUCAGGACCCAUCUAUUCAUUUGGACCGUCUUCUCGCCCAAGUACCUCUACUCUAUGGCUUGGAGUAUCGGUCAGCACCUGCUGCUUAAUGUAGGUUUUGGUGGCCUUCUAUACUGGCUUGGGGCACGGUAA